AUGGUCGACAUCCUCCCCCUAAGCAGCUACCCCUCGUACAUCGACCUCCUCCCCUCCAUCCAAACCUGCAACAUCACCAACCUCCCCGAGAACUACUUCCUAAAGUACUACCUGUACCACGCGCUGACCUGGCCGCAACUGUCCUUCGUGGCGGUGGUGCGGCCCAAGAACGGCUACAGCAAGCAUGGCGGCAGCGACAGCUACCCCAAGGUCGUCGGCUACGUGCUGGCCAAGAUGGAGGAGGAGCCCACGGACGGGGUCGCGCACGGCCACAUCACCUCGCUGAGCGUGAUGCGCACGCACCGCCGGCUGGGGAUUGCGGAGCGGUUGAUGCGGAUGAGUCAAAGAGCAAUGGCCGAGUCCCACCGCGCGCAAUACGUCUCGCUGCACGUGCGCGUCUCCAACACCGCCGCCCUGCGCCUCUACCGCGACACCCUGGGCUUCCAGGUCGAGUCCGUCGAGAGCAAGUACUACGCCGAUGGCGAGGACGCCUACGCCAUGCGCAUGGAUCUGUCGGAUAUGUGGGUCGACUGGGCCAAGAUCGAGCGCGAGGACCGCGAGCGCGCCGCCAAGGAGGAGAAGGACGGCGAUGAGGGCGAGCCCGUCGGCGAGCUGGGCAAGGCCGACGACGGCGACAAGAAGGAUCAGGAGAAGAUGGUGCGUGUCAAGGUCGGCCGCGGCCUGGGGGUCGGCGAUCUGGUCGAGAAGAAUGAGGCGGCGCAGGCGAGUAACUAG